UGCCUUUUCAGAACGGGGCUGCAUAUUGUCUGCUGUUUAAGUAGGAGAGGAAAUUCAGAACGUUUCCAGUGAAAUGAAUUCUCUAUCGAGGUAAGAGCAAUGUGCCUCUAAAUCCACGCUUAGAAAUGUGGCCUUAGACUAAGUGAAAACAGACAGCAAGAUUUAAAACGUGGGACUGUGUCAGUCAUCAAUGCACACAGCAAAACACACUGCCCUUGGUUUAACACAACGGGACGCUCAGGUCAAGAUCAUGGAAGCGACAGUGAACAAUGCAGAAAAGUACCUUGGCCAAUUCUGCAUGCUCCUGGCUUCCUACACACGCAAGAAUGCAAGGCUGAGGGACAAGGCUGACCUGCUGAUAAGACAGAUCAUGGACUUUGCAAACACCGAAAAUCCAGAGUUACGAAGGUGCCUCAAGGACUUUGGAGAGGAGUUGUCAAAGAUUCAGGACUAUCGCCAGGCAGAGGUGGAGAGACUGGACGCCAAGGUUAUUGAGCCACUAAAGGCUUACGGUCCCCUGACAAAAUCCAAACGGGCAGAUAUCAAGAAAUGUAAUAGUGUCCGCAAUCGUGAAAUGAAGGAACUUGAAAACCUGCAAAAGUUGAAACAGAGAAACCCUUCCGACAGGCAAGGGAUUUCGCUGGCUGAAGCCAACGUGCAGAAGGCUUCAGUCGAUGUCAAUCACACCACACAUCAACUGGAGGAGAUCAUUCUCAAAUUUCAGCAGCAAAAACUGAAGGACAUUAAGGCUAUUUUCUCAAACUUUGUGACCAUCGAGAUGAUAUUCCAUGCCAAGGCCCUUGAGAUGUACACAAAUGCUGUUCAACACCUGAACAACUUUGAUGAAGAGAAGGAUCUGGAGGCAUUUAAGUCAAAGGUCUCCAUCAGUGAACUUGAGAAUGAUGCACGGCCGUCUCAAUCCCACAGCAGCUCCACCUUUGAACAAUCCCAAGUGAGUCAGCCAGGUAAACUCCUGCGAGAGGCAAGAAAAGAGAGAAAAAAGUCCAAUGGCAAUAAGCUCGAGACAACACCAAGGGUUCUUCAUGCCCAUUUUCAGGAAGAUGAGUCAGAGGAAGAGGAAGAAGAGGAAGAGGUUGAAGAAUUGCAGGAUGUCAGUGAUGAUGAGUACAAUCUAUAUGCAAAAGUUAGAAAAUGAGUCAUCUGUUACUGGUUCACUUUGCAAUAAUAUAUUCCCAAUGAUUGCUUCAGGAAGUAAAAUUAUUUAUAUAGUAUCUAGGCCAAGCCAACGAUUUGUAAAAGUAAUUGAUAGCCACCUGUGGCUGUGAUGUCUGGAAACUGUCUAACACCCUAUGAUUGAUUGGAGCCUCUAAAAUGGAUAGAUAGCAGAGCACCAGACUCUUAAGUUUUACAAUCAAAUGUGAUCCUUGACGUUCAUGUUUCAAAUUGGUUUAGAAGAGCAGCUCUGAAUGAACGAGGAUGGAAGGGAAAUAAAUUUUAUUAAAGAAAUAUAUAGGUAACUGUCCUGCCAUUGAACUUGUAACUAACCUGUGAAACAUGGGAAUUAUAUUAAGGGAACAGAAAGAGAAAAAUGAACACAUGUAUAGGUCAAAUAUAGAUUUAUAGAACUUUGUAAUUUCCCUCUUUUUAUGCUCCCUUUAGAAUCACUUAAACAUUCUAAUAUUUUUGUCACCUGCUUUGUGUCCUCUGUCAAGUUUUACACAUAGUUGCUGUGUCUCUUUGGUACUACAUUCUUUAUCUCAUGUUACUUCUCCUCAACCUUCUAACCAAAAUGGAUCAAUUCAUAUUUCUCUGCAUUGCAUCCCGCUUGCCAAUUCACGCGUUCUACCAGCUUGAUUAUGUCCUCAUGAAAUGUAACACUUCCAACUUCUGUGUUAUCUGAAGAAUUUUUGAAAUUGUGCCCUGCAUACACAUGGUUGGGUCAUUAACAUUUAUCAAGUAAAGCAGCAAUCCCAACCUGACCUCAGGGAAAUCCAACUGUACACCAUCCUCCAACCACUUUAUUCCCUGGCACUCGGCCAACUUUAUAUCCAUGUUACACCACCUCUCCCUUCCUUUUAUUGUGACAGCAUCAAUUUUGCUGAAAAGUCUGUCAUGUACUACUUUAUUAAAAACAUUUUACAAGUUUUCAGACACUAUUUAAUCAAGUUACCCACACCAGUCAUUUCUCUAAGCAAAAACCUAAAGAACUGUGGACUCUGUAAAUCAGAAUAGAUAUUGCUGGAAAAGCUCAGCAGGUCUGACUGCAUCUGUGGAGAGAAACCAGAGUUAACGGUUCGGGUUGAGCGACUCUUCGAAUUUUUAUUUUUUGUUUCAAGUUUUGUUAACCAUUUCUGCCAGAUUAUCAAUAGACUCAAAGCACAAAUUGCCCUGAACCAAAGGGGUUCCUGAUGUCAUUCACAGGGAUCUGGGUGUACAGGUACAUAGGUCACUGAAAGUGGCAAUGCAGGUGGAGAAGGUAGUCAACAAGGCAUACGGCAGGCUUGCCUUCAUCGGCCGGAGCAUUGAGCUUAAAACUUGGCAGGAAAUGUUAUAGCUUUAUUGAACCUUGGUUAGGCUGCAUUUUGAAUAUUGUGUUCAGUUCUGGUUGUCACGCUACCAGAAAGCUAUGGUGGCUUUGGAGAGGGUAGAGAAAAGGUUUACCAGGAUGUUGCCUGGUGUGGGUGUUACCAGGAUGUUACCUGGUAUAGUGAGCGUUAGCUAUGAGGAGAGGUUGGCGAAACCUGGGUUGUUUUCACUGGAACAACAGAGGUUGAGGGGUGACCUGAUAGAGGUCUACAAGAUUAUGAAGGGUAUGGACAGACUGGACAGUCAGAAGCUUUUUCCCGGAGAGGAAGAUUCAGCUACCAGUAGCCAUGGGUUUAAGGUGCGAGGGGCAAGGUUUAAAGGUGAUGUACGAGGCAAGUUUUUUACACAGAGGGUGGUGGGUGCCUGGAACUCACGGCCGGGGGAGGUAGUGGAAGCAGAUACUAUAGUGGCCUUUAAGGGGAGUCUUGACAAAUAUAUGAAUAGGAUGGGAAUAGAGGGAUACAGUCCCAGGAACUG